CAUCACAGGUGAUGCUAAUAUUGAGGUGGGUGGAUCAGCCACAGAAGUUGUCCUUAGUGGUGAUAUUACUGAAGCGGGUUCAAGGACUCUAACAAAAUUAGGCGAAGGUCGAGCUGUUCUCACUGGAACGAAUACAUUUACAGGAGGAGUGAAUAUCAAUGCAGGUUCUUUAGAAUUAGAUUCUGAUGAAAGUGCCAAUGGAGGCGAUAUUGCUCUGGCUUCUGGAACGACGCUUGCAGCUAAUGGAACUUUUACUAUGAGCUCAAAUGUAGCCUUUAAUGGAGCGAGUAGUUUCGAUGUUUCUUCGGGAACAAUUACUGUAAGUGGAAAUGUUACAGAUGCUGGUUCUGCAGGAAUGACUAAAACCGGAAGUGGGGAUUUGACAAUUUCUGGCGAUACAACGAUUGACGGUCCUCUUGCGAUUACUGGGGGAGCUCUGACCCUUACAGGAGGAGGUUCACUUCCUGCAGCAAAUGGUGUCACAAUGAGUCAUGGAACUACAUUGAAUCUUUCCACCAGUUCAGCAACGUUAACAACGGCAUUUUUAUCCGGAAGAGGGACUGUGGCUCUUGGAGGAAAUACCCUAACAGUGGGGAAUGCAACUGAUGCUGCAACAUUCAGCGGAAACAUGACUGGUUCGGGAAGUCUUGUAAAAAUGGGUUCUGCAAGGAACUCCAUUAAUGUAGGAACUUCAUCAUAUUCUGGAACCAUUAUCGUCAAUGGAGGGGAAUUGAAUUUGAAUGGAACCCUCCCUUCAGACGUCACAGUAGGAAGUGGUGCAAUUUUUAGUGGAGCGGCUUCCAUUUCGUCUUUAACAAAUGACAGUAGAGGGACAGUAUCUCCAGGUAAUUCCAUAGGAACCAUCACCAUUUCUGGUAAUUACACACAAGAACAUGACGCUGCUUUAACGAUUGAAUUAGAUCAAACAUCUUCAUCAAAACUCGAUGUUUCAGGAGAUGCAAGUCUAAACGGAUCGUUAAUUGUGGAUUUUAUUCAAGGAACCCAUCUCAAAGGGAAAACCUACACGAUUGUUGAAGCAUCCAAUGUUUCAGGGACGUUCAAUCAUACGAACUUAAAUCAACUUCCUGUGCUGAUGUCUCUGUGUAUGAGUCGCAGGCAGUAA